GAGGGGAAACCUGGAAUGUCCCCAGGUCCAACCCUGAACCAGGUUCCCAGAGCCCAUCCGUACCCCGAAAUAAAUAAAGCCCCUGCCAAGUGUCCUCCUCGCAACACCAAGCAGCCUCCCCGGGCAGACAGAUCCUGCCCCAGCCCCACCAUGAAAUUCUUCGCCGUCCUGCUGCUGGCCAGCUUGACCUCCGCCUCUCUCGUCAGCCUUAAUGAGCCAAAAGAUGAAAUCUACAUGGAGUCUCAGCCCACAGAUACCUCUGCCCAGGUCAUCAUGAGCAACCAUCAGGUCUCCAGUGAGGACCUUUCUAUGGAGCCUUCCAUCUCCAGAGAAGAUCUGGUUUCCAAAGACGAUGUUGUGAUCAAAUCUGCCAGGAGACACCAGAAUCAGAAUCCCAAGCUGCUUCACCCCGUGCCACAGGAGAGCAGUUUCAGAAAUACUGCCACUCAGUCAGAAGAGACCGAAGAAGUCACUCCCGGGGCUGCAACAACCUUAGAGGGAAAACUGGUGGAGCUCACUCAUAAAAUCAUAAAGAAUCUGGAAAACACCAUGAGAGAAACCAUGGACUUUCUGAAAAGCCUGUUCCCUCAUGCCCCUGAAGUCGUGAAGCCCCAAUGACGGGGAUGCUCACGUCCCAGGUUGGACAGCAGCAGGUGCCUGCAGCACCCUCACCGCUCGCCUGACCACCGCCGUCUCUCAGCCCCUCACGUUCCUUAUUAAAGCAUCGCAUCCCAA